AUGAAAUAUGAUUGUCAUGGUCAAAGUAAUUGUAAGAAUGGUGCAAAAUGUUUACAAGAUAGUGCUAAUUGUCCAACAACAUAUAUGUGUGUUUGUUCACCAUGUUUUUAUGGAACACGUUGUGAAAUUAGUACAAAUGGAUUUUCUCCUUCAUUAGAUGCUAUCUUAGGUUAUCAUAUUAAACCACAUGCAAAUAUUCAUCGACAAACAAUUGUUAUUAAAAUGAGUAUAGUAUUGAGUAUAAUUGUAAUUCCCAUAGGAUUGAUUAGUGGCAUUUUAUCAUUAAUUACAUUCAGAAAUAAAGAACCAUGCAAAACUGGUUGUGGUUACUAUCUUAUUGGAACAUCAAUUACAAGUCUUUCUACAAUUAUCAUUUUUACAUGUAAAUUUUCAAUUCUUCUUAGUGCACAAAUACUAUCAUUAACAAAUCAAUCAUUUCUUCAAUUUCAAUGUAGUUCAAUUGACUUUUUAUUACGAAUUAGUCUUUAUAUGGAUCAAUGGUUAAAUUCAUGUGUUGCUAUGGAAAGAGCAAUAACAAUUAUUAAAGGAGUUAAUUUCAAUAAGGUAAAAAGUUUAAAAGUGGCAAAAUUAAUGAUUCCUAUACUUUUUAUAUUGACCAGUUGUUCACUUAUUCAUGAUCCUUAUCAUCGACGUCUUAUUGAUGAAAUUUAUAAUGAUGAAAAACGUAUUUGGUGCAUUGUUGAUUCUACAGCAAAUGUUCAAAAAUAUGAUUAUGCAGUAAAUAGUUUUCAUUUUUGUGUUUCAUUCAUCAUUAAUCUGUUCUCAGCAAUAACGAUUAUCAUAAAAAGUGCUCGUUUACGAACAGCUUUUUAA